UAUUCUCCAAAUACUUAAAGGAACAUGUGCUGGAAUGAAAACCAAUGAAAGUAAUCAGUGUGGUAAAGCCUUCACAAGUCAUGGUCAUCUUCAAAUACAUAAAAGAAUACAUAUUGGAGAAAAAACAUAUGAAUCUAAUCAAUGUGGUAAAGCCUUUAAAUAUGCCGGUAAUCUUAGAGUACAUAAAAUAGCACAUGUUGAAAAGAAACCCUACAAAUGUAAUCAAUGUGAUAAAGCUUUUUCACAACAUAGUAAUCUUCAAAUUCAUGGAAGAACACAUUCUGGAGAGAAAACCUACAAAUGUAAUCAAUGUGCUACAGACUUUGGAUGUGCCAGUAAUCUCCAAAUAUAUGAAAGAACACAUACUGGCGAGAAACCCUACAAAUGUAAUCAAUGUGAUAAAGCCUAUUCAGAACUCAAAACUCUCAGAAUACAUCAAAGGACACAUUCUGGAGAGAAACCAUACAAAUGCAGUCAAUGUGAUAAAGCCUUUUAUCAGCACAGUCAUCUCCAAAGACAUGAAAGAACACAUACUGGAGAGAAACCCUACAAAUGUAAUCAAUGUGGUAAAGUCUUUUCACAAUACAGUAAUCUUCAAAUGCAUGAAAGAACACAUACUGGAGAGAAACCCUACAAAUGUAAACAAUGUGAUAAAGACUUUGCAUGUGCCAAUAAUCUCCAAAUACAUGGAAGAACACAUACUGGAGAGAAACCAUAUAAAUGUAAUCAAUGUGGUAAAGCCUUUGUAUGUGUGAGUAGUCUCCAAAUUCAUAAAAGAACACAUACUGGAGAGAAACCCUACAAAUGUAAUCAAUGUGAUAAAGCCUUUGCAUAUGCUAGUAAUCUCAGAGUACAUAAAAGAACACAUACUGGAGAGAAACCCUACAAAUGUAAUCAAUGUGGUAAACACUUUACAUGUGCCAAUAAUCUCCAAAUACAUGAAAGAACACAUACUGGAGAGAAACCCUACAAAUGUAAUCAAUGUGAUAAAGCCUUUGCAUAUGCCAGUAAUCUCAGAGUACAUGAAAGAACACAUUCUGGAGAGAAACCCUACAAAUGUAAUCAAUGUGAUAAAGCCUUUGCAUAUGCCAGUAAUCUCAGAGUACAUGAAAGAACACAUACUGGAGAGAAACCCUACAAAUGUAAUCAAUGUGAUAAAGCCUUUUCACGACACAAUCGUCUCCAAAAACAUAAAAAAAGACAUACUGGAGACAAACUCUACAAAUAGAAUCAAUGCGAUAAAGCCUUUUCAUAAUAAUGCAAUCUUCAAAUGUUUGAAAGAACACAUUCUGAAGAGAAACCCUAUAAAUGUAAUCAGUGUGAUAAAGGCUUUGCAUGUGCCAGUCAUCUCCAAAUACAUGAAAGAAUGCAUUCUUGACAGAAAGCCUAUGAAUGAAACCAACAUGGUAACACCUUUGUAUGUCUCAAUAAUCUUAGAAUACUUAAAAGAAUACAUACUAGAGAGAAACUUAUGAUUGUGAUCAGUGUGGUAAAGCCUUUGCAAAUCAAGGUCAUCUUUGGAUAUAUAAAAGAACGUAUACUGGAGAGAAAUCCUAUGAUUAAGCCUUUUCACAACACAACCAUCUCCACAUACAUGAAAGAACACAUACUGGAGAGAAACCCUACAAAUGUAAUCCAAGUAAUAAAGACUUUUCACAAAAUAAUCCUCUAUAUAUACACAAAAGAACACAUACUAGAGUUAUGAAUGUUAUCAACGUGAUAAAAGUUUGGAUGUGCUAUUAAUCUCCAAAUACAUAAAAGAACUCAUACUAGUGAGAAACCCUUCAAAUAUAAUCAAUGUGAUAAAGCCUUUCAUGACACAAUCAUCUUCAAAUACAUAAGAGAACACAUUUUGGAGAUAAAUCCUAUGAAUAUAAUCAAUGUGGUAAAGCCUUUACAUGAAUCAUCAGUCUUUGAAGUCAUGAGAAAAAUUCAUACUGCAGAGAAACCCUAUAAAAGUAGUGAGUGUAACAAAGUUUUGCACUUCAUGUUAGUCUUUAUACAAGAGUAAAACUUUUAGUGUGUCAUUGGUCUCUUAAAGCUUUUUCAAUUUACAGUCGUCUUUGAGGGCCUGAGAAAACUAAUACUCAAGGAAAUCUGGCCAUAAAGGUUUUGGAAGAUCUUUACCAACAGACUUACAUUCAGUUACACAAGUUUAAUCUGGACAAAAUACCUGACAAGUGUCACCUAUCUGUUCAAGCCUUAUGAUGUUCCUCUUUAUUUUGUUUGCACCGUCAAACUCAUAUGGACAAAAUGAUGAGGUAGCACUUUUCUAUUCUACAGUUCUCUUCAAUUACAUGAAAUAAGGCAUCCAGAUUUAACACUUAAUGGGUGUGUAUUAGUGCCUUUUCUGUUGCUGUGAUAAAACAUUAUGUCAAAGUAAGUCAACUUACUAAAAGUUGGCCCUUGGUUCCAGAGGGAUCCAGGAUAACCAUAAAAGUGGCAUGGCAACAAGUGUCAAACAUGGCAGCUAUAGAAGAAGAUAUCUAUGAACUCACACCUUCCACCUGUGGCAUGAAUGUGAAAGUGGGAACUGGAAAUGGUGUGUGGAUGUGAACUCUCAUGCUCACUCCCAGGGAGGUACUUUCUCCAGCAGGGUGAGCAUUACAUAUAUCUUCCCAAAUGAUACCACCAACUAAGACAGAUUGAUUUCUCUGACUUCAAUCCUAUGUUCUUGUUUUCUGUUACAUGAACCAGUUCAUGAUGAAGAAAAACUCUGUAAGUAAGCCUUUUAAUGCCUCAACAACUGAGUUACAGGAACAAAUGCUUACAAGAGAAAAAUGUUCUUGACUGAAAAUCUGAUUAUUUAAAGAUUUUUUUAAAUUUUA